AUGCGUCAAAUCAGAUAUGCCACAACGAUACCCCAGAUCUACAAUACAACCGUCAUCAUUGGAGCUUGUAGAGUGAUUACUCGCAAUGAUGAAGAGAGCGAAGACAGUGGCUUCGAUAUGGAUCAAUGUUGCUGGAAUGACGCCCGCAUGGACAUGAAACGUGUCGCCCAACUCGGUCAUCGUCAAACAUGGCUCAGUGCUAAGAGGGCUGAGGGAUUUAUCCAAACCUAUCCAAGCGAGAUGAUAGGCAGAAUACUUCUGUAUAUCCGCGAGGCUUGCGAAGAAGCAAAGCAGACACCUUUGCCCACCGAGAUCCUCAUUAUCCUCUACGGCUUCGGAAACCCUGCAAUCGGCUGUCAUAUGGAUUGCACCAAAGACUUCCUUGACCCUGAUGCAAUACUCACUCCUUCCAUGAUUCUUAACGAAUUGCCGCCAGACGGACAUGCAACUUUGGCCAUGCGCAUGUUUGCUCCCCGCCCCUGGGUAGAAAGCUACAGGUUGCACAGACACGAGCUUGAUAAAAUUAAGAUUGCUUAUCCAAAUGUCUACAAACAAGCCGCCGCGGAUGGAACAUUGGCGAAGCAGACUUUUACCGAAGAAGGCGUCUUGGAUUACCGGCGUUCCAAGAUCCACGAAAUCAAAUUCAAAUACCGUCACUACGAGCUUGCGCUCUGGCUUCGACAAGGCCCCAAAGACACAGAUGGUGCCACAAUAAUCGGCGACAGAAUGUUACAAUUCAUGGACCCAUAUCCCCAGGAGACAGGGCUGCAGCAAAUGAGCCGGGAAGCCUUGUUGGCAACGGUGGUGAACUUUCGGCUGGCAAUGGCGGUCUUGACGGAUAACAUGGUUGCCCACUUCAAGCUCAAACGUCCUCUGGACCAGACUUGCCUUGAGUGGGAUAUGCCUCGGUGGCUCGAACGCCAGUCUAACCUCACACGCUCGAACGAAUUUUACAACCUGUUCAAGACAGAGGAGGAUAUCGAGACCGAGGCUGGAUUGUUGUGGAGUGGGUACACACGAUUCCGCCUUUAUCUACGUGCAGCUCACUAUGAGACAUACGUAGCUGAAGAGAUUAUAAAUACGCCAAGAGACAUCUCAAACGUCUUAGUUGAUAUCGAACGUGUUUUUGAUUACAUAUUGGACAGGGUCGAGAAAUCGGCCAGUGUCUGCAAGAAGACUGUUGACGAAGCGAAACAGGAGUACGGAGAUGAAGUACUGAGCCGAAGUAUGCCUCGAGAACGUUUCGAGAGCUUGCAAAAUAUGAUUCAACAGCUGUACGACGUGGUCUAUGAUGGAUAUGCAGUGGUCGAACCCGAGGGUAACUCGCGGUAG